AUGGCCUCUUUAUCCGUUCAGUUGACCGCCCCUAAUGGCCGUGUCUGGUCCCAGCCGACCGGAUUGUUCAUCAACAAUCAAUGGGUCAAGUCUUCGGACGGCGACAAGAUCGCGACCAUCAACCCGGCAACUGCUAAGGAAAUCACCUCGGUCUAUGCUGGUUCCGCACAAGAUAUCGAUACCGCUGUUAAGGCUGCGCGCGCGGCCUUGAACCACCCCAGCUGGCGCGAUCUCCCCGGAACCGACCGCGGCAAGUUGAUGAACCGCCUUGCGCAGCUCAUUGAAGAUAAUCGCGAGAUCCUCGCGACUAUCGAGACUUGCGACAAUGGAAAGCCGUACACUGUCUCGCGGGACGACGACUUGACCGAGACCGCAGAGACUAUUCGGUACUUUAGCGGUUACGCCGAUAAGAUCUUUGGACAGGUCAUUGGAACCACUCCCGACAAGUUUGCCUAUACUGUCCGGGAGCCGGUUGGUGUUUGUGGCCAGAUUAUUCCAUGGAACUUCCCUCUUUCGAUGGCCGCCUGGAAGCUGGGCCCUGCCCUGGCAUGCGGUAACACUGUCGUCCUCAAGCCUGCCGAGCAGACCCCUCUCUCAAUUCUAUUCCUCGCCAACCUGAUCGUGGAAGCUGGCUUCCCACCAGGUGUUGUGAACAUCGUCAACGGCCACGGAGCCGUCGCAGGUGCCGCCCUUGCCUCUCACAUGGACGUCGACAAGAUCGCUUUCACCGGAAGUACCGCUACCGCCAAGCACAUCAUGAAGAUGGCCAGUGUCAACCUGAAGAACAUCACUUUGGAGACUGGCGGCAAGAGCCCUUUGAUUGUCUUUGACGAUGCGGAUCUCGAACAGGCAGUGGAGUGGGCACACAUCGGCAUCAUGUACAACCAGGGCCAAAUCUGCACAGCGACAUCCCGUAUCUUGGUCCAAGAUAAGAUCUACGAUAAGUUCCUGGCCGCAUUCAAAGCCCAAGUCAAGAACGUCUCCAAGGUCGGCGAUCCCUUCGACGAGUCCACCUUCCAGGGUCCCCAGGUAACCCAGGCCCAAUACGACCGCAUCAUGUCCUACGUCGACGUGGGUAAAUCCGAAAAGGCCACCCUCACCUAUGGUGGUAAGCCCUUCAAGGGCGUUGGCGAUGGCAAAGGUUUCUUUGUCGAGCCUACCAUCUUCACAGACGUCUCCCCCAGCAUGCGCAUUUACCAGGAGGAAGUCUUCGGUCCCUUCGUUGUGAUUGCUCGCUUCAGCACUGAGGAGGAGGCUAUUGAUAUGGCCAACGAUACCACAUACGGCCUUGGCAGUGCCCUCUUCACGACCAACUUGACUCGCGCUCACCGCGUUGCUAAGAAGAUUCAGGCUGGUAUGGUCUGGAUUAACUCUAGCAAUGAUAGUGAUUGGCGUAUUCCCUUCGGAGGUGUGAAGCAGAGUGGUAUCGGUCGGGAACUGGGCGAGGCUGGUCUAGAUGCUUAUUCUAGUAUCAAGGCUGUUCAUGUUAACAUGAGGUCUAAGCUUUGA